AGAAUUGUCAGAGUCUCCAUUAUGAAGUACUUUUGGUUCCUGAGAAGUUUGUGUUUCAUUGUGAUUGCAUCCUCCGCGGCAGUUUUCGUCCUUGGCGAAACAUCAUGCAAUACGUGCCAAUCAAAUAAUGUCAAAUGUUUGAAUGAGACCCACUUCAGUUUAUGCAUGGACAGUGUUGCUCCAGACCAGGUGAUGUCGUGUCCCGAUGACCAGAUCUGCACCGGUCUCCUGAAGAUCUGCAUGCCCAUAGGAUCGACGCCUCCAUCCUGCCCAUCGGAUGCCGAAGUAACUUGCCCCUCCUGUGAUGGAAUUACCACGUUCGUCUGUACUAGCCGCACUACCUUUCAAAUGUGCAACGGAGAUAAGCUAACCAGCCAAGUGAACAAGUGUAAGGAUAAUACCUACUGUGCAAUAAGUGGUAAGAAAUUCUGUGUGGACCGCUGUGAAGCGCUAAGGACCGGCAUUCAGUGCGACAGGGAGUCACCUUUAGAAGUAUAAAUCAUAUUUAGUUAUCAACAAAACUAACUACUUUGCAUUUUAAAAAUAAAUUUAACUAAUUUUGUUCUUAAAA